UGAUUCGCGGACGCGCGUAUCGCCGUGGUAACGGCAAGGUCAACAAACACUGACCCCGGCACCGCGGAGCGCACAACGCGCGUAUCUGAUGCGUGCCGCGCGGGUACGCCCGGAGUCGGGGGAGCCGAGCCGCGCCGCCGUCACCGCUCGCACACGUCCAGUACACCUGAACGCGACCGGCGGUCAACUGCACCGCACCGAACGCUUCUUCUGGCACCCAACGGCCGUUCAACGUUUCUCCGUUUCCCCGUCGUGCGUUUUUCUUUUCGCGUCUCUCGCCCCUGCGCCGCGCCCGUUCUCCGACGCAACGGAUCCCUGUAGAGGACACUUCGACCGGGUGAAUAACGUUCGCGACGGUAACGCUUUAGCCGCUCCAGUGUACCCGGCCGGAAGUGCGUCGACGAACACCGCAGCACGGAAAAAUGAAACCAUGGUUGAUAUUUUCAUUAGCAAGUAUUUUAAUUUUAGAAUGUUUGUGUGGCGCUAUAACAAAAUUUUCUGACGAUUCAAAAGUUACUAUUCGAGUGAAAAGACAAGGAACUGUUUCAGAUACCUGUGAUUUUGGAGUCGAUCCUACUUUAUUGACAUGUGAUUGGAAAAAUCGAAAUGGUUCUUCUCUGAAAUGGGAACUAGGAGCUGGUACACUUUCAAAUUGGUUAGGAGGACCACCGACCGAUUCUGGACAAGGAGAAGAUGCGGAAAAGGGUGGUUAUAUUUUCUUUGAAACAUCUUUGUUAGCUGCACCAGUUGUUCGAGUAGAUGACAUCACUAUUAGAGAAGGUCAAAAUGCAUUCAUUGAAAGUCCAGUACUUGGAAGUACAGGAGCAGAAGGCAAAUGUGUUUCUUUUAGCUUCAAUAUCGAUGGGUUAAGUGCUGCUGGACUAAGAGUUAUUUUACAACCUACUAACAAAGACGGCAGACCUGAUGGAUUUUUUAGAGUAUUAUGGGGUACUAAAGAUCCAACCAAUAAAAUUUGGAUGAAUUCAGAAGUACUUUAUACGUACAACAAAGACCAUCAAAUUGUAUUAGAAGGCAUUGCUAAGGAACUGCCGGAUCCGUUUAGAAAAUUCCGUGGCUACGUCGCUGUGGACAACAUAGCAAUUAAGCAGGGAUUAGAAUGUAAAGGCCAUUGUACAUUCGAAGGAGGGUUCUGUGGAUGGAUUAAUGAUGAAGAUGACGAUUUUAACUGGUCAUUGGGAAGAGGAAGUAAAAAUCCGUCAACUGGACCAGCAACAGACCGAUCAAGUUUUAUCUAUGGUGGAAUGGAAGGAGGUUAUGCAUUUAUUGACUCGUCUUAUCCACGAAGACCUGGUGAUAUGGCUCGUAUGUCAAGCAUGGAGUUCGAGCCAACCGGGCCAGAUACACCAUUAUGCCUUCGAUUUUGGACUCACAUGUAUGGCAAUGGAAUCGGAACAUUGACUAUAUCAAUAAGUGAUACUAGAGAAGGAGAAGAUAGAGAUAUUUGGUCACUUACUGGUGAAGCUGGAAAUUCUUGGUAUCAAGCUGAAGUGCCCGUGUCUUCAGCUAACCCGUUUAAAAUAGUUAUUACUGCUAAAAUUGGCAAAAAUAAUCUAGGAGAUAUAGCCGUAGACGAUAUUUCCUUAACACCUGGAAGUUGUCCUACUGCUCCUCAAAUUGCUGCUGCUACAUCAGGUGAUUGUACAUUUGAAGUAGAUGAAUGUGGAUGGAGCAACAUUGGAUCAAGAGAACGUUUAGAUGAUAUUGACUGGGAAAGAACUUCAGGAGCUGCUCUAAGAAGUACAGCUCAUGAUCAUACAUUAGGCACAGAAAAAGGAUAUUUGAUGACGUUGUCACGUACCACUCUUCAACGUCCUGGAAGUCGAGCAUGGUUUACGUCAAGAGACUUCAAAACGGCUACUACUCCUCGUUGCUUAUCAUUUUGGUUUGUAAUGAAUGAACCUUUCAUUGAUUCUAUUGGACCAAGUUUAGGCGCUUUGAGUAUUUAUCUUCGAAGUAUUGAUAACACCGGAGUAACUGUCAUGAAACCGAUUUGGAGGUUGUAUAAUCACCAAGGGCCAGACUGGCAAUAUGCCCAAGCUCUUAUUAAGGAUCCUAACGACGCUAUUUUGAUUGAAGGCAUAUGGGGUUCCAGCAGAGCUAAUGGAUUUAUAGCAUUCGAUGAUAUCACGUUUUUCGGUGGAUCUUGUUCAAUAAUUCCGGCUGGAGCGAAAGUACGACCGGGCGAAUGUAGAUUUGAGCGUGAUAUGUGCGACUGGUCAAAUGGCACAGAUAAGUCGCCCGCUUCUUGGAGAAUGGCUACGGUGAAUAGGAGACCUUCGAAUUUACCCGAUAAAACAUUUGGAGCACCAGAUGGUUAUAUUUACUACGAUUUAUUCAAUCAAAUAUUGGGCGCAAAUAUGGUGCGAUUGAUAUCGCCGGUCAUACCAGUAACUGACGAGCCGCAACUUUGCUUUUCAUUUUGGUACGCUGCUUUUGGUGCUGGCGAAUCGGCAUUACUUCAAAUCAUGAGACAGGAUAACAGUUCUGGAGAAACACCGGCGGAAAAAAUCUGGAGCUUAGAGGCGAAAAAUAUGGACACUACUAGACCGGCAUGGAUGCCUGCCCAAGUGACCGUAGAAUCUAAUAAGCCUUUUCAUAUUAUUAUGGAAGGACAAGCAACAAACGGAGGGUUUGCCGUAGAUGAUAUAAUAUUCACUCCAGGAUCUUGUCCAACUCGACCAGACAAAGCCGCUAUAAAAAAUCAAAAACUGAAAGUAACAUGAAUUUAAACCAACGUAUUAACAUCGUGCACCUGUGUUAUUAUUAUCUAGUCAAUUCGAAAAAUAACAAAAAAUUAUCUGUAAUACGAUUAUGAGCAUUGUAAUAAUUA